GCAAGAGCAGAGGAAAUCGGCGUGUCAUGUACAGGUUACGGUUGUCGCUCCUCGCCUUGGGCCUUUUUUCACUGUGUUGCGCCACGACUGGUGACAGUAGUGGCGUGAAAAAGAUGAAAAUGCAGUUUGCUACAGGACCUCUUCUUAAGUUUCAAAUCUGCAUUUCCUGAGGGUACAAGCGGGUGUUUGAGGAGUACACGCAGGCCUUGUACCAGCGGUACCCAGACAUCCGCAUUGAAGGGGAGAAUUAUCUUCCUGUACCCAUUUAUCGACACAUCGCCUCCUUCCUGUCUAUGUUCAAACUGUUGGUGAUUGGGCUGAUUAUAAUCGGCAGGGACCCAUUUGUCUUCUUUGGUAUGCAAGCCCCUGGGAUCUGGCAGUGGGGCCAGGAAAACAAGAUAUAUGCCUGCAUGAUGGUGUUCUUUUUCAGCAAUAUGAUCGAAAACCAGUUAAUGUCAACAGGAGCAUUUGAAAUCACAUUAAAUGAUGUACCAGUGUGGUCGAAACUGGAGUCUGGUCACCUGCCCUCCAUGCAACAGCUUGUGCAAAUCCUCGACAACGAGAUGAAGAUGAACGUUCACAUGAACACAAGACCACACCCCCACUCCUAACCCAACUUUUUAAUUCCUGGCUGGAGCUGAAAGCCCCUCCAUGUUUGAGGUGGGCCUCUCUCUGGGCUGUGAGGUGAUGUUUAUGAACGUCUGUGCUGAAGGCAGGACAACUGCUAGCGCAGGCUGGAUGCCCUCAUCCCUUCACCACGCUUCAAAGAGACGUCCUGCCCCUGACGCCAGAGCGGGAUCUAUGGCAACAGUUUUGGAUGUUUUUUUUUUUUUUUUUUGUACUAUCAUACUACUGCAAAUUUCAUCCAAGCAAAUAUUGGUCAAGAGGAGAAAUUUAACAAUGAUUAUUGUAGUCUUAACAUGUUGUGUAUAUUUCAUCUUUGUGAAAUAAAUUAAUAAAGUUGUCAAUUGUACCGAUGAGCCAUAUGUAGAAAUUUAGGUUUAUUGUCUAAAGUAGGUAAGCAUGUAAAAAAAACAAAAAACAACUUAAAUCCUGUCAUUGUUAAAAUGUCUAGGAGGUG